AUUAUUGAGUAGGCUAUUGAUUCUCCAUAACAUCUUUGAUAUAGACUCCAAAUGUCAAUUUUUGAAUUCAUCAUCACGCAUAAUGAUCUUAUCAUGUCAAUGAAAUGGUCAUGUAAAUGGUUCAAUGAGGUUGACAUUUGGCUGACAGAUGUUAGCCUGAAUAUUUUUUCUUUCUAUUGAUGUACAUAGGUCAUUGAAAAGUAUACCAUCUGAGGUUUUACCGCACAGAUUACGUGUUUGACUCUUGCUUGAGAGUGAGUGAGAGAGCAAGCGAGAGAGAGAGAGAGGUGUGUAUUUUCCUUUCCCCCUCCGUACUCAGUCUCACUCUACACGUCGCCUCCGUGAUCUUCGCCAGCAGUGCUCGCGUGCUCUGUUACCAAGACAAUCACGGAUCACGAGGCUCGUCGUUCCUUCCCGGCGUCUCCCCUUACCGGAGUCUCGGGCAUGUCGAAUCCCAGGAAGGACUUUGACGUGAAACAGAUCUUGCGCAUCCGCUGGAGAUGGUUCGGCCACCCCACAUCUCCCCCUUCUCCCAGUAACCAGCCUUCGGGAGAUCUCUUCAGCAGCAGCGGUGGUAGCAGCCGGGGGACCGGAGGCUCCUCAUCCGGCGGUGAUCAGCCAUCCCUUGGCGGCUGCAAUAGCUCCAGCGCCGCUGCCGGUGCCAGCUCGAGUAACGGCAACUCUUCCUCCAACAUCAACAACAAUCGAAAGUUUGCGGAUUCGGGUCCAAACAGUCACUCAGCGGCGGCAGUGGUGGUUAAUGCCUCCGCGUGUCCUCGGUCCAUGAGCCAGCAAGAGUGCCGGAGCUCCCCGCCGGCGCCUUGGGUCUUCCCGGCUCACUCGCGCUCUAGCGAGAGCCUGGAGCCGCUCCAACAGCAGCAGCAGCAGCCGCCGCCGCCGCCGCAGAAGCAGCAGUCCACGCGUGUAUCAGACGCCCCUGGCCCUGGAGACGAGGAGAACAAUAAUAACGUGGAGUCUGACUCCAGCUCGUGCAGGACAUCUAACAGCAGUGCGACCUUGUCCUCAUGUGCGUCGAUGGAGCCGUGUGUGUCAGAUGAACAUUUCCAGGCACACAGUCACGCUGAACACACCUUCAGACGCAUGGAGGCCUACCUGAGGACCAGGAAACUCUGUGAUGUCGUACUUCUCGCUGGAGACCGCAGAAUACCAGCACACAGACUGGUUCUCUCGUCAGUGUCCGAUUACUUUGCGGCCAUGUUCACCAGUGAUGUUCGAGAGGCAAAGCAAGAGGAGGUCAAAAUGGAGGGCGUGGACCCAGAUGCAUUAUGGGUCUUGGUACAGUAUGCUUACACAGGCCGUUUGGAGUUGAGAGAGGACACUAUAGAGAGUUUGUUGUCAGCUUCCUGUCUUCUGCAGCUGUCUGCGGUGGUUCAGGCCUGCUGCAGUUAUCUAAUGAAACAACUCCAUCCCUCCAACUGUCUGGGCAUUCGGUCCUUUGCAGAUGCUCAGGGCUGCCUGGACCUCCAUAAGGUGGCACACAACUACACCAUGGAGCACUUCAUGGAGGUCAUGAGGCAUCAGGAGUUUCUGCUCUUGCCUGCAUGUGAGGUAGAGAAGCUUUUAGCUUCUGACGACAUGAAUGUUCCAGAAGAGGAAACCGUGGUAACAGCCCUGCUCAGCUGGGUCCGCCAUGAUACGCCCACCCGUCAAUCACAGCUUCCUGCUCUUCUCGCUCACAUCCGCCUACCCCUGCUUAAACCACAGUUUUUAGCCGAUAUGGAGGCGAAUCCAUUGCUAAGGGACAGUGUGGAGUGUCAGCGGCUGGUAAUGGAGGCCAUGAAGUAUCAUUUGUUGCCAGAGAGACGGCCGCUCCUCCAGAGCCCGAGAACACGUCCACGCAAGGCCACUGUAGGGGCACUUUUCGCCGUGGGUGGCAUGGAUGCCACAAAAGGGGCCACUAGUAUUGAGCAGUACUGUUUACGGAGGGACACAUGGCGGCAGGUGGCCGUUAUGAGUGGAAGAAGGCUGCAAUUUGGCGUGGCGGUUCUCGACGACCGCCUGUACGUAGUUGGGGGACGAGAUGGCCUCAAGACUCUCAACACAGUGGAAUGUUACAACCCCCGCAGCAAGAGCUGGAGCGUCAUGCCCCCCAUGUCCACGCACAGACACGGCCUGGGUGUUGCAGUGUUAGAGGGCCCCAUGUAUGCAGUAGGAGGUCAUGAUGGUUGGAGUUAUCUCAGCACGGUGGAACGUUGGGACCCUCAAGCUCGCCAGUGGAGCUUUGUUGCAUCCAUGGCAACACCUCGAAGCACUGUGGGAGUUGCAGUGUUAAACAGCAAGCUGUAUGCUGUGGGUGGCCGAGAUGGAAGUUCAUGUCUGAAAUCAGUGGAGUGUUUCGAUCCUCACACCAACAAAUGGAGCAGCUGUGCUCCCAUGUCUAAACGCAGAGGCGGUGUUGGUGUAGCGACGUGGAAUGGCUUUCUGUAUGCUAUCGGUGGACAUGAUGCCCCAGCCUCAAGCUUAGCAUCUCGACUCUCAGACUGUGUCGAAAGGUACGACCCGAAGACGGACAUGUGGACAGCAGUAGCUCCCAUGAGCCUCAGCAGAGACGCUGUGGGCGUGUGUCUUCUCGGGGACCGUCUUUAUGCUGUCGGGGGUUAUGAUGGGCAGGUGUACCUAAACACUGUGGAAGCCUACGAUCCCCAAACCAAUGAGUGGACACAGGUGGCGCCGUUGUGUUUAGGUCGAGCCGGAGCUUGUGUGGUUGCCGUAAAGCUUUGAAAUGCCUCCUGCUGUCAAUCAUCUCCAUGGUGACCGUCCUACAGUACAAGCCUCCGGUGCUCUAGUAGUGUAUCCAGACAGAUCUGAGCUUCUGCUGACCACAGCAGAGAAAAUCACACUUACUGACAUACAGCUGAAUACUCAACUGUGAUCUUCCUUUAUGCCUUCUAGUAUGUAUUUAUCUAUUAAAAGCAGUUUAUUUCAUGGCUGUGCACAUCAAGAGCUACAGGUAGACUUCCUCCUUUUCUGUCUCUGGUUAACAGGGUUUAUUCAAUUUAAUGUCCAUUCAUUCGUAUGUUUAUCUAUGUAUUCCUUCAUGUUUACACACCAUCAGAAUGUAGGGCUCUCUUUUCUGCUUAGAUCCCAUUUUUUACUUGCUCCUCCAUUGUCCCCACCACAAAAAAUAAUUAUGUGCGGUAUAUAUUUAAAAUGUAGCUAUAUAUAAUAUAUAUAAACUAUCGUUCAGAAGAAGAUUUGGUCCCACUUUAUAUUAGGUGGCCUUAACUACUAUGUACUCACAUCAAAAAUUAAGUACAAUGUACUUAUUGUGUUCAUAUUGUGUUGCAAAACACUUUUGCUGCUAUUGAGGUGGGACACGGGUAAGGUUAGGGACAGGUUUGGUGGUAUGGGUAGGUUUAAGGGUGGGUUAAGGUGUAAGGGAUGGGUCAACGGUGUAAUUAUAAAUGCAAUUGCAGAAAUUAAUUACAGAUGUAAUUACAUGCAGGUAUUUUUAAAAGUACAAUGUAAAAACAUGUAUGUAUAAGUGCAUUGUAUCAAAUGAUUAAUUUAAAUGUAAUUACAUAGUAGUUAAGGCCACCUAAUAUAAAGUGGUAUCGAUUUUAUUAUUUUUUAUUUAUUCUCUUUUAUUCAGCAAAGAUGCAUGAAAGGGAUAGAUCACCCAAAAAUGAAAAUUUGGUUACACUUUAUUUUACAGUGCUGUAGUUACAUUGUAAUUAUUCAAAUAAGUACUGAGUACUAUUAAUUAACUACAUGUACUUACUAUAGAGUUACAGUUAGGGUUAGGGUUUGGUUUAGGGUUAGUUACUUGUAAUUAUGCAUAAUUUGCUGUUAUUACUGUAGUAAGUACAUGUAGUAACAUGUAACUAUUGCACUGUAAAAUAAAGUGUUACUGAAAAUUUUGUCAUCAUUUACUCACCUUUAAGUUGUUCUUAUGAAUUUUUUUCUUCUACUGAACACAAAAGAAGAUAUAUGGGUAACCAAACAGUUGAUGGUCACCAUUGACUUCCAUAGUAUGGAAAAAAAAAAUACUAUGGAAGUCAAUGGGGCCCAUCAACUGUUUAUCAUUUUUGGGUGAACAAUAUCUUUAAAUUGACCAAAAGAGACAGUAAAAACAUGUAUAAUGUUUCUAUUAUAAAAUAAAUGAUGUUCAUUUUAACUUUAUAUUUAUCUAAAAAUCCAUAAAAAAUUGAUCAUGGUUUCCACAAAGAUAUUAAGCAGCACAACUGCUUCCAAAAUUUAUAAUAAUAAGAAAUGUUUAUUGAGCAGUAAUAUUAGCAUAUUAGAAUGAUUUCUGAAGGAUCAUGUGACACUGAAGACUGGAUUAAUGGCUGCUGAAAAUUCAGCUUUGCCAUCCACUUUAAAAUAUAUUAAAAUAGAAAACAGUUAUUUUAAAUGGUAAUGAUAUUUACGAUAUUACUGUUUUUACUGUAUUUGUGAUCAAAUUAAUGCAGUCUUGGUGAGAAUAAAAGACUUCUUUAAAAAAAUAUAUUUAAAAAAUCUUACUGACCCCAAACGUUUGAACUGUAAUUUGCAACUAAUUAUUACAUCUAGAUAACGCUACUUUUUGGUGGCUUAUUUACAUCAGCCAAUUUUAAACCUUCAAUAUUUAAUACAUCACAGAGAAGAAACAGAGUGGAAAGGAUAAAGAAUUAUUAAGAGUCAAUUAAAACAUAACUGUAAUGUGCACAGCCAAAUUUUCUCUGUAGAAAUGGUCUGUCAUCUAAGAAUAGCCAGAGUGCAGUAAAGUGUCUCUAGGGAAAAAGAGUGCUGGAGAGAGAACCAGACAAGGAUUGUACUGUGUAUGUAUGUAUGUGUGUGUAUUUCCUUCCCUCUAUUCUAAAAGCAAACAUUAUUGUUAAUGUUUAAGCAGUGUAAUCAAGGAUGACAGCGGUUCUUGAUUAGAUUUAGUUGUAUUCACUAAGCGUGCUGAUUUUAUUAUUUUUUUUCAGAACAGCAAGGUCAGAACAACAGUCCUGUAGCAGAAAAGAGAUUCUGAGAUUUGAUCAAACGGUACUGAUCAUUGAGCAUAUUCUGCAGCCAAAAUCACAUUAAAUCUAGCAAAUGUGUCUUUAUUAGACAGGCAAAUACAAUGGAGAGUGUGAGGAGAAAAGAUAAGAGAGAGGAAGCUUUGGAUAGAAGGACCACAAUUGGGAAGAAAGACACGAGAUGGAAAUCAGGCCGCAUGCUGAGAGUGGAAAUCACUUUGACAUUAUCAGCCCAUUGUAAGCGCGUACGUUUUCGAUUUAUAUUUAAUUUACCUGCCCAAACACAGUUAGAGCAUAUCAGCAAUAUUGCAUGUGAAUAUGGUAAUUAUACCUACAAGGGAGUAACACAAUCCUUCAUUAUACUGUGCCCUUAUUCCCCAACUCGCUUCAAGCUCAGAGAAAGAACAUCAUAACAAGGUCUAAUGCAUAUUCAGAACUCUGAAUCAUUCUUUUUUGAAUAUAGAAACGCAUCCCAGUACUCAGCGGAGGAAGUUAACCACACAAACUGAGAUUUCUGUAGCAGUUCCCCUACUGAGUAAAGGAAAGCUUUAGAAAAAGAUUAAAAAAGAUCAUUGUAAAUAAUGGUUAUUGUGGGGUUUUUCCUCAUGGCUUACACAAUGUUUUAUUUAUAGUAUUUCUAUUUUUACACAGUGAUUCAUCUCCACAAUAACAGCUGGAUUCUGGGUCACUGUCCAUUUAAUGCAAAUAAAUUCUACUGGGAAGCAGAACAAAGGCAAAAAGACCAGAUUAACCACGAUUUAGAUUUACAUCCCAAAGUCUAUCUUUCAGUGACCCACAGAUACCUGGAAAAAUACAUGCAGAUCAACAUAAUCAGAAUGUGCUCUGCAAAAUAAUGUUCCUAAACAGUAUUUUUGUCACUGUUUUUUAGUAAAAAUAUCUGAACAUUCUUGCAAAAUAAAUUUAUUUGUAAAGCAAAAUUGUAUAAAAAAUUAAAGCUUGUUUUCACAGAAUGUAUCUGGAAUAAAUAACAUGGUUCUUACGCCAUUGGUAGUUUUUAAGCAUAAAUGAAGCCAUAUAUAGCGUGGUUUAUGCAUUAAACAGUGAAAAACAAUUUGCCAGCGGGUUUAGGAAAAUAAACUUGGAUUUGUUCUCUGUUGUGCUUCCCAAGUAAAUUUAUCUUGUUCAAAGGAUGGUGUAAAACAAAAAUAUUGAUUUAAGAAAAUUAUUUUUUGUAGUAUACCCAGAGCAUUUUCUUUGAUGGUGAGAUAAAAUGUUUGUUUUUGUAUGUGUGUGUGCAGUUAGAUACAGAAUCAGAUGCGAAUUUAAAAGCAGAGUUUUAGACCAACUCUUUUGAUCGCUUCAUUGCACCCGUUUGUUUUGCACAGCUGCAGCAUUUCCAGGGUAUCUGUUCCUGUCUGGUCACUUUUUCCUCCUUUUUCUUUUCCUUUUCAGUCAGGUGUAUGUUUGUGUGUGUUUAUCUCCCUGUGCAUCUCUGGGGUUGUCUUGUAGGAAAAGAAAAAACAUGUUUUUGUGUGUGUGUGUGUGUGUGGUCCUACAUUAUGGGGAAAAUAUCCAAAAUCCUUGUCCUUGUGGGGACAGCUUAUAAAUCAUACUAAGUGAUGUUUUUUUAAAAUAUAAAAAUGCAUAAAGUUUUCUGUGAUGGGUAGGUUUAGGGGAACGUUUAGUGGAUAGAAUAUACAGUUUGUAUAUAAAAAUUGUCUAUGGAAUGUCCCCAUAAAACAUGAAAACCCAUUAAACGUGUGUGUGUGUGUUAGUGGCACACUCUUAAACCCCAUACUGAGUACAAAGUGCAGCUUCAGAAGUUUUGGUAUUUUGAUCUAGUUUUCUAAAUCCAAGAAUCCAUUUCAGAGAAACAGAAUAAAAUGAGGGAACAGUUGAGAUCAGAGAUCGCCACAUACCAUUUAUUCACGUUAGAUUCCCUUUAUUCAGUCGAUAUUAAACUAUAACACCGUAGUUGGUGUAAUGUCUUAUUUCUACAUCAUGCUGUUAUUAUAUUUCUUCAUAAAGCUGUAAUAUAUGUACAUUAUUUUGUCAUUCUUGUGCAGCUAUGAGAUUUUAUGCGAUAUGAGAUAAGAGUACAUGAAAGACUUCCAAAGGAAGGGGCAUUAUGUUUUGAUUUGUAGGGGGCGAACAUGAUAAUAUAAUGUAAUAUCCAGGUUACAUCUCUAAAAAUCAUAUCGGUCAGAGUUAUGUAUAUUUCAUUGCACAUUUCAAAAGUGUCAUGGUCCCUUUAUAUGUCUUCUGUUAUUGACAGGUCAUCAUAUAUUAAAGUAUCAUCUUGUAGCAUAAUCAUAUUCAGCCAAAGCAGAGCCUUUGUGAGGUUUAGUAGUUUUUUGAAGACGCUGAAUAUAUUUCAAAAGAAUCAAGUCACCAGAGCAGGUGUUUGAUUGGCUGAUCACAGAUAUACUUCAUUUGCAUUGGAUACUAUAUAUAUCGGGAACGUAUAUCAUAAAAACAAUCACAUGUACAGUGUACAAUUGAGCACAUACUUAUUCUAUACAAUGUUAAAUUAAAUCUUAUGGAAAAUGUAAACAGUUUGUAAAAAAAAAAAAAUGAUGCCGUUUCAUUCCGUUGUGAGAGAAUUCCUUUGAUUUCAUUGUAAUUACCUCUGGCUAAACACACACCCACACACACACAUAUAUAUAUAUAUAUAUAUAUGAUUAGAAUAUUUAUAUAUUCAUGAGGCUGCAUUACAUGUGAUUGUGCAACAUUCUCACUGAAUACACUACUGUUUUUUAUAUUUGUCAUCUUUUGCAUCUUUAAUACUGGGAGCUGUAUCAGUGAAAAGAGUGAUUGACCUCACGAGGAAAUCUCACUUAAUGUUAUGCAUAUUGUUGCAUAUUGUUAUGUAUAUGUUGUCUUGAUCAUGGAUGCAUCUCUCACUUGUACAGAGCUUGCUACCUGUACAAUGAUGGGAGGCACACAAUUUUUUAUUGUAAUAUGAAAUAUGUUGUCUACGCAAUUGUUUUUCUUAUACAUUUCACACUUAAGUGUAUUGUUUGAUUUAUGAAUAUUUUUGGUUAUUAAACUGUAAAAGAAUGUC